AUGGCUCGUACAAAGCAAACAGCACGUAAAUCGACCGGAGGCAAAGCUCCUCGUAAACAACUCGCUACCAAGGCUGCUCGCAAAUCCGCCCCUACUGCUGGUGGAGUCAAGAAACCUCACCGUUACCGUCCUGGUACGGUUGCUCUCCGUGAGAUUCGCAAGUACCAGAAAUCCACGGACCUUUUGAUCCGCAAGUUGCCGUUCCAACGCCUUGUGCGUGAGAUCGCACAGGACUACAAAACGGAUCUUCGGUUCCAGAGCACAGCUAUUCUGGCUCUGCAAGAAGCAUCCGAGGCUUAUCUUGUGGGUCUUUUCGAAGACACAAACCUAUGUGCUAUCCACGCCAAGCGUGUGACGAUCAUGCCCAAGGAUAUCCAGCUUGCUCGGCGCAUUCGUGGUGAACGCACGUAA